GUAGUAGACCGGUCCAUUCGUCCGCCAUCUUUCACUCUCCAGAAAAGGGUGUAUUCCUCCGCCGCACAUGUGGUAGUUCUACCGGUGUGGAUGUGUCCCGAGUGUGAGCCGCAUAAUUUUGGGAUUUACCUCUAAUACUUUCGCCCCGAAACAUGGAGCAAGUGAUACAAAUAUUGGAGAAGACUGUUUCUCCUGAUAAAAAUGAACUAGAGACUGCAUUGAAGUACCUUGAGCAGGCUGUGCAAACAAAUUUGCCCGAGUAUGUCAAGAUUUUAAGUGAUGUGUUGCACCAUGGAAGUAACUCGACUGUGGCGCGUAUGGCAGCUGGUAUCCAGCUCAAAAACACCUUGGCAUCUAAUGAUCCCAAGGUUAAAGUUACUUACCAGCAGAGAUGGUUGGCACUCCCCCGUGAUGUCAGGGAAUACGUGAAGGGUAAUGUACUUGGAGCUCUAGGGACAGAACAGAACAGACCAAGUUCUGCAGCUCAGUGUGUAGCAUACAUAGCUCUUACAGAAAUCCCUGUUGGAGAAUGGCCAGACCUCAUAGAAAGACUUGUUGCCAAUGUUACCGCGGCUGGCGCUACUGAUCUCACCAAGGAAUCUACCUUGGAAGCUAUUGGUUAUAUCUGCCAGGAUAUUGAACCAGAUGCCAUUGCUAGUCACAGCAACAACAUCCUGACUGCUAUUGUGCAUGGAAUGAAGAGAGAUGAGCCCAAUGACCAUGUACGUUUAGCUGCUACCACAGCCUUGCUCAAUUCCUUGGAAUUCACCCGCCAAAACUUUGAAAGGGAUGCAGAAAGACAUUUCAUUAUGCAGGUUGUAUGUGAAGCAACUCAGUCGACAAAUACUCAGAUUCGAGUUGCCUCACUGCAGUGUUUGGUGAAAAUCAUGUCGCUCUACUACCAGUACAUGGAGCACUAUAUGGGUCCAGCAUUAUUUGCUAUCACACUUGAGGCAAUGAAGAGUGAUAUUGAUGAAGUUGCUUUGCAAGGCAUUGAAUUUUGGUCAAAUGUUUGUGACGAAGAAGUAGACUUGUCAAUUGAGGCCUCAGAAGCUGCAGAACUUGGUCGGCCCCCAGAGAGGACAUCAAGAUUUUAUGCUAAGGGAGCAUUACAGUACCUUGUACCAGUGUUGAUGAUGACUCUAAGCAAACAAGAAGAAGCAGAUGAUGAUGAUGAAUGGAAUCCAUGUAAGGCUGCUGGAGUGUGUGUAAUGUUACUUGCAACCUGCACUGAAGAUGAUAUUGUUCCCCAUGUGUUGCCAUUUGUAAAAGAAAAUAUAACUAACGGAGACUGGCGCCUUCGAGACGCUGCCAUUAUGGCAUUUGGCUCUAUUCUUGAAGGACCAGACCCAACCAAUCUGAAGCCCAUGGUAGUUCAGGCUAUCCCAACACUGAUCAAGUCUUUGAGUGACAGUAGUGUUGUUGUUAGGGACACAACUGCAUGGACCCUGGGAAGAAUUUGUGAAAUUAUCCCUGACGCUGCAGUUAAUGACAGUUAUUUGAAGAGUCUACUUGAAGCCCUUGUUAACAGUCUUCGGGGUGAGCCAAGGGUUGCUUCAAAUGUUUGCUGGGCAUUAAGUUCCUUGGCAGAGGCAGCAUAUGAGCAGGCAGACACAGGGGAUGAGGGAGAGCCACAGACCUAUUGUUUGUCCGCAUUCUUUGAUCCUUUGGUGAAUGUACUUCUAGAUACUACCGAUAGACCGGAUGGAGGCCAGUGUAACCUAAGAAACGCAGCGUACGAAGCUCUUAUGGAACUUAUGAAGAAUAGUCCUGUAGAUUGCUAUCCCACCGUUCAGAAGACGACCAUGAUCAUUCUCGAACGUCUCCAGCAAGUACUGCACAUGGAAGCACAAAUCCAAAGUCACAAUGACCGCGUGCAGGUUAAUGACAUUCAGUCUCUCUUGUGUGCUACUCUGCAGAGUGUUUUGCGGAAGGUAACCCCAGAAGAUGCACCUAAGAUCAGUGAUCCAAUAAUGGCAGCUUUGUUACAAAUGUUCCAGACCUCACAGGGCAAGUCGGGAGGUGUUCAGGAAGAUGCAUUACUGGCUGUGUCAACCUUGGUGGAAGUCCUUGGUCCGAAUUUCAUCAAAUAUAUGGAAGCUUUCAAGCCCUAUUUAUGUAUUGGACUUAGGAAUGUUGAGGAUUUCAGUGUGUUGUCAGCUGCUGUGGGUGUUACAGGUGAUAUAUGUCGUGCUCUAGGAGAUAAAGUAGAACCUUACCUUAGUGAACUGAUGAACCUCCUCAUUGAAAAUUUGGGCAAUGAAAAAGUUCACCGAAAUGUGAAGCCAUCCAUUUUAUCUGUUUUUGGUGAUAUGGCUCUUGCACUUGGUAAGUUUGUUACAUAUCUAGAAAUUGUGCUUCAAAUGCUCCUACAGGCUUCGGUUGCACAAGUUGAUCGUAGUGAUUUUGAACUUAUAGAGUACUUGAAUGAGCUUCGUGAGGCUUGUUUAGAAGCCUAUACUGGAAUUGUUCAGGGUCUAAAAGGAGACGGCUUAUCACCAAAUCAGGAAGUUCAGCUUUUGCGGCAGCACGUCCCCCAGAUGGUCAAGUUUAUAUCUUCUGUUGCUGCUGACGACGAAAGGAACGAUGCAGUUAUUGCUAGUUCGGCUGGGUUGAUAGGAGAUCUUUGCACUGUCUUUGGCACGGAGAUGCUUCAGUUGGUUGAGACUGAUCCGAUCACCAACCUUCUACAGAUGGGGCGAAGAUCAAAAACUGCGAAGACAAAAACACUUGCUCUCUGGGCGACGAAAGAGAUUCGGAGGCUUAAGACUAACAGUAGUUGCCCCUAACUUGGCUUUUCAGAUGAGUGGCGAGUUUAGUCAGUGGUGAGUCUGCGAUGUGACAAAUGCGGUGUGUCUGCAUGAAGUGAAGGAAGAACGUUGCCCGCCUGUGGUGAGUGGUGACGGUUCAGCGCGUGGGUUGUGUGAUGACGACAGACGUGGUCGCAAGUGUGGCGUAUUUAAAGCCUAAUGUGCGAUGAAAUCCAGAUGUGGCCUCUUGUGUAUGGGAAAGAAAAAAAUGAAGUCAUUGACUGACUAAGUCCAGUACGUCAUUCCAUCUGCCUCUAUUCCUCUAAAUUACUUGAUAUAUACAUAUAUAUAUAUUUUUUUCCUCCAAAGUAUGGAUAUGAAAGCCAGUCCUAUCAAGUGCCUUCUUCGUUUUGUAAUAAUAAUGGUGCUGUAGCCAAGUCUUGUGCCCUGCUGAUGAUAAACUGAUCCAACUGUUGAUUAGUGUUGUGGUGGUCUGGGUUUUCUAGUCAUGGAUACAAAGUAUUUAAACUAUUCCUCAUCUGUUAAAGGAAACAACUAAUGGUGGGGCAGCUUUCAUACUAUAUAUAUAUACAGUAUAUAUACAUAUAUAUUCCCAUGCUGAUCUUUAGAAGAGUUUGGGUGGUAUCCCAUGUGAAAGGUAAUAUAUACUCAGAAGUGGUAAUUUAUACAUCAUGUUUAGCAGCACGGAAAUGGAUGAUUAUGUGUAAUGUUAUGGAUUACAAAGAUCAGUUUGGGUUUAUAACUUGGUGGUGAUCUUCCUUUUAAAUAAGUCUUUGGUGGCAGCACUUAUAAGUAGGGUCAGGGCACUAGAAUGGAAUAUGGCUGUGUUCAACUAAUGAAGUGCUUAUGCUGUUAAGAAAUAAUUGGCCAGUCAUAUCUUUGGUUCCAGUUUUGUUUUCAGUUUUAUUUUCUUUCUAAUGUUUCUUUUAAGACAAAGGUUCAGUAUUUUCUAAUUCCAACAUGAAAAUAUUUGUAACAAUAAAACAACCAGGUAAUUUGAAAUUUUGCAUUGGAUGAACAGAAGAUAUGCACAAACCUUAGCUUCUCACUUGUCAUUAAAAUUGCUUAGGUGAAACAAAUCCAAAUGUGCUGCAUGAAAACAUAGACUGGUAUUACUAUUCAGUAUAAUCUGUUAUUCUCAUAUCUUUUGAAAAAUUUCUCCUAACAUAAAGUUGGUGUUUUGGAGACCUCAAAAAAUAUCUGGGUUUAAUGAAGAAGCGAGUGCUGAAAAUGAUGGUAUGCCAUAAUGUUAGGGUCAAGUUGUUGAAUGAGGAUGUGGAUGGGUUUUAAAUGUCGGGUUCACAGGACCCUACAUUAGUUGCCAUACUUGUGUUUCAGAGUGAUAGUUCCACAAUGACUGUUGAAAGUAAGGUAAUCAGUUUUGACUUGUUUCCUUGAUAGGUUUUGUUCAGAAUGUAAAUGUACCUCAAUCAAAAUCAAACUGUUUUUCAAGUGUGCAAAAGUUUCAAGUAGAAUGACUUCCCUCCAUGGUGGUGUCGUACUGGCUGUUUUCUUUUUCAUCGUAGGUUAUACAUUGUUGCUCUGAGCAUUUACUUUAGACAUGGAAUAUUGUACUAAGACAUAAUUUAACCUUUUUUUUUAUUUAUUUUUUUGUGACUGCUCAAUUAAAGUUUUCUGGGAGGCUGCCAUGACUUUAUUGCAGUUAAUUAUGACUGUUUGAAUGCCAGACUGUGAUAUAGAGGCCCCACGUGUGAUGUGGCUAUGUGUAAGCAUGUGGUGCAGAUCACUCUAUGUUCGUAUUUGAGGAAGUUAAAAAAAAUGCACAUGAUCUCUUGUUGCACAACCAAAGUGAGAUGCGUUAUAGUGUCGUUGAAAGAAAAUGAAUUAUCUAGGAAAGUGAUGAGAGAUCAGUGUGUGGAGUACAAGAGUGGAUCCAGUGCUUUCUUCCUUGCCAUGUUAGCACAUAUUUAACGUCCUUGGCAGAUCUUCAGGAAUCCAGUGAGUGGUAAGGUGAAUUUGCUGCUCAAUUUUUUCCUGCAGUUGCUGCCUUGUGUGAUGGAAAUUCCCCUCCCCUUCCCCCCCAGUGACAUGACCUAGUGACUGAGGGUAUGAGUGCAAAUUUUGAUCGUUCUUGAAGGACGUGUGACUGUGAUAUUGUUCCUCUUGUGCAAAUGUUACAUUGAGUGAGUGAACAUUCCACCAAGAAGGUGUAAUUUAGCAUUAGUGUACAGAUCAAGAAAGCUGCAAUUGUGGAUCCUCACAGUUCAGUUUAGCUUACUGUAGGAAAUGAUUUUUAAAUGAUUUAUGCAUAGUUAAACAUUUUGUCACUAAUCAGUGGAAUUUAUAGUUGGAAACAUUUCAGUGAAUAAUCCUAGCGUAUAUUUUUUCACAAAUUACUUUUUCUUUUGAUUAAUAUUUGGUACUUUUUUCCUUUAUAUGAAAACCCUGUAUCAAUACAAUAUGAACGUUUGAUUAAAUAAGUUUGUGA